AUGGAUGAUAUCUCCUCCCCUGUUGUAUCCGCUUCAUGCUCCCCCGGGGGCUUGACGUACGCGGAGGUCAUCAGGAUCCGACGAAACCUAGAUCGCAAUACCGAUACCAUAUACGACGACCUUCGCAAGAAUGAGCUCGAUGACUGGGAGCUCCCCAGUCCGUUACUCCCUCACCCGUAUCUCAGGCAGUUGCCUCCUUUACCCUCAACUCUGUCCCGGCGCGGCACAGUGUCCGAGAACGAUUCUCCCGCUGACGUGCCAUACGUGGUGGGCGGUUUAGCAAGCGUGGCAGCUGUUCAACUUCUGCGAUCCUGUCUGAGAAACACGCCCGAGUUCCACAAAUCUCAAACACCCACAAGCCUCAAUAAUCCAGACAUCAACCUCUACCUCCUUCGAAAACACGAAGCCGCACAGUCCGACAUGUCCGCACGACUGGCAACCUGCGUGUGGACGUCCAGUACCACCCAGCUGCAGACAGAUACAAUGGGCAUUGCCAUCUGGGGCACAAAGAGCACAGGAACGGACGGGGCUUUCAGCAGCCGUCCUGAAAGCACCGAGAAACAGGAGGAACGACCAUCCAUCCGUCGCAUAGUAACGCCCGAUAUCAGCUCAAUAUUGCAUCGUGGUUCAACGCCCAACUCCUCCAAAUCUCAAGGGUGCACGCCAUCUGACGCUUCUCGUAGCAAUGGUACAGGAAGGACAGCAACAUUUGCCUUCAAUAGUGAAUGGCAGACGCAAGAUGGCCUCGUCAAGUGGAACGAGGGUGCCCCUGGCCUCGACAGUUCCAAAAGCUCAAGGUCCCCCGAUGGCGACCUCGGGAGACCAGCCUCACCGUGCCAGACCCAGAACGGCGGCAGUCGCAAACAAUCACUCGACACGUGUUCUUGUCCAGAUCUGGGAAGAGACGAGGACGAGGAAGCCGAACGUCCAGAUCUACCACGCAGGCGAACAGACGGCCCCAAUGUUCACUGUCCACACCAUCAUUUCAAAGACGUAUUUCAACGCUCUCAAUCCGUUUGCCCAUGUGAACCACAGCUGGACAUCCACAGGGUCCGGGAUCCCAGAAGUCGCCGCCGCUUGAAUCGCGAAGACGUCGGGGUAUUCACGGACUUGGGAACGGGCGCGGCCGGACCACUCAGCAACGCUCCAGCGCAAGAGUACUCCCCUAAGCUACUUGCCAUUGCUGGCGUGAUGAUCGCAACCGGAGAGCUGGACCGGCUUUCACUGGGGAGUGGCGGUCAUAGUCGUCGUCAUUCUCUAUCUCAAGCUUCACAGACCAGUGUCAGCAGCUCGAAAGACACGGACGAAGAAGAAGAAGAGCUUCCUCCCCUGCCACCGAUCAAAACUGCUGUUGGGACGCCUACGGCUCAAGGACCGUUUGGGUCAUCAUCGUUUCGCGCGAAGAGACCGGCGUCUCGCCGUUUGUCAGAAAUAUGGAACGCUUCCUGGGACAACACCAACAACCAAGAGGAUGAUGAGGGUGAUGAAAGUCCUUCGGAAAAGCAGUCGAGUUCUCCCGGUCUUUACGAUUUGGAAUCCCCAAGGUUUACCGGGGUUCGCGAAGAUGACGUGAGUCCCGGGGGCGGGGCCAAUGCCGAAACCCCCAGGCUUUCAUGGCCGCCGAAUCUGAAUCGCGUGAAUCAAUGUCUCAGGGAACAGGGGGGAUAUUUUGGUCGAGGUCGGAAUGAGGAGGAUAUAAGUACACAGGACGACGGGGAAAGUCCGGAGUGGACAGAGACGGAGGAGAGAAGAGGUAGCAAUCUCACUCUCCGAAAUGAUGAGGACCCGAGUGAUGGGUACCCUUCGGACACGUCACCAUCUACCUGUGAAUGCACGCAUUGCGAACAUGCUGGGUAUUAUGUCAAGGUUACUGAUGACGCGGUAGGUCAUGGUGAGCAUGAGGUGCAUUUGGACGAGGAUGAAGUUGGUGGAGUGAUGCAGCGUUCGGGGUCGACUCAGACUAUUAUCCAUACACCUACAAGGCAUUCGAGCCAGGAGGCAGGAGACUGA